AUGGGCCCCCGUACCGCCUCCUCAUGCUGCUGCCAGGCCCGUAAUCUGCCAUGGGCCCCCGUACCGCCUCCUCAUCAUGCUGCUGCCAGGCCCGUAAUCUGUCAUGGGCCCCUGUAACCGCCUCCUCAUGCUGCUGCCAGGUCCAGAGUGUGUCAUGGGUCCCUGUACGGCCUCCCCAUUGCUGCUGUCUCCAUCGCCACACUCUGCCAUGUGCCACUUUCAGGUCUCCUCACACUGCUGGUGGGUUCCAUUUUUUCAAAGGGUGCUGUAUGGCCUCCCAUUGCUGCUGCCUCCACCACCGCCACACUGUGGCUCCACACUCUGGUUUUGGCCCCGUGACUGCCCAAAUGAGUGAAGUGUUCAGUGAUUCUAAGAUCGACGGCACUCAUCUGCAUGUCAUACUGACUGACAGUAUUAUUUCUCUUCCCCAGCAGACUCCAAGGGCAUUUAAAUUAAGGGUACAGUGUUCUGCACUAAUAUAA